CCCUUCCAGUGUGGGCUCAGCAUGUGCAAGGGAAGGUUGUGCAUUGUGGAUCCUCUGCAUUGCCUCCAUAUUCAAUAAGAUACAACAUUUCAUUAUGUUAUCUUAUAUUGCAAUUUGUGUGCGACUUAUAUUUAAGAUGAAAAACAAAGCUGACUGAGUUAUGGUGCUGCAACAAGUUAUAAAGACAGCUAAGGUUACGAGCGCGGUGCCUCUUCCAUCGAGAAACUGCCGGGGUCGAACCGUAGAAAUGGCCAGGUCUUUCCGGCGCUGAUGAAGGCGAGAGGUCAAAGGGAGGAAGACGCACGGACAGGAGGAGGAGGAGGAGGAGCAAGCGAGGGCGCGUAGCACGACAUGGCGUGGGGUCCCCUUCUUCCUCGCCUCCGUGGUGUGGGCGCCUUGGCCCUCCUGCUGGUGCUGGCGGUGCUGUUGAUGGCCUACACUGCCCACCAACAAGUGCGGCAGCCUAGCAGGAGAGGUAGCGACCAAGUGUUCGACGCGCAGCACGUGGCGGAGCACCAGACGCGGCACGUGCUCUUUUUCAACCGUGUGCCAAAGUGUGGGAGUGAGAUGCUUGUGCUGCUCCUUCAGUGGCUGCAGGCACGUAACGGCUUCAGGCAUAUGCGGCUCAAGAACACGGUCAAGCGCUACCUUACAUUCGACCAGCAGGCGGCGCUGGUGGAGGAGAUCGGGGAGCGGGUCCAGGAAAGCACUGAGCCACGAGUGAGUUUCGAUCGACACGUUUACUUCACCAACUUCACAUCGUACGGAUUCAAGAUGCCCAUUUAUUUAAACCUCGUCAGGGACCCCGUGGAGAAGAUGGCAUCAAGGUUUUACUAUGCUCGAGCAACACCCCGCCCUGGCGCAGCGACCCCGCCAGGCUACACCAGUCCCGCACCUCCCCACUACACCAGCCUGGAGGAGUGUCUGCGCUACCAGGACCCGGAGUGCACCUUCCUGACAGGUCACCAUUAUGACCUCACCAUCCCUUACUUCUGUGGCCACGAGGACUUCUGCAGAGAAUUAAACAAUGAAGCAGCACUGAGCCUGGCCAAGAGGCGCGUGGAGGCGUGGUACCCUGUGGUGGGGGUAUUGGAGAAGGUGAACGCCACGCUUGCAGUCCUUCAGCAUCACCUCCCGCACUACUUUGCUGGUGUGCUUGACCUUUACCAUAACGACCUAUUAGCAGCACCACACUAUAACAGGAACCAGCAGCGUCCUCCCACAAGCCCUGAGGUGGAGGCAGCUCUUAAGACCAACCUCUCCUUGGAGUAUGACUUUUACAACUACCUGAAGCAGAGACUCGGCAAACAGUUUCAGGAGUUACCAGUGACCUAGUCUAUACUAUGAUUGUUUAAAAGUUGUUUUUUUAUGUUCCUGUGAUAAAUUACAUUUUUCUUUGUCUGAGGGAGGUUGGACUCAAUGUGAUGUAGAUUCAAAAGAGGAAGACUUUGUUUUACAAUUAUUCACUUAUAUCAGUCAAAAAAUAAUAAAGUCUGCCACAGUUGCAGAUGCAAUACUGUGCUUUGGUAUGAACAAAUCAUAGAAGUGCAUGGAAAUUACUUGCAACCACUUUCCUCACUGUCUUGUAAAUGCUGUGAUACUGAAAAGAAUAUAAGUUGUAUACAACACAUACAAAGAAA